AUGACCGCUCCGACUCAAGUGCUGCCUCCAUGGCUCACCCUCUCCAGCACUGUCAUCACUAUGCCUGACGGUCGUCUAACAACCGCCGCCACAACCAUUCAGCUACCUCUCACCUAUUACGGGCCGAGUAUACCACUAGGCACCGACGGUGUCUGGGUCUACGGCGGGCUGACCUCUCCCCCUCCUUCCUCUGCGACACCUACCUCCACCUCCGUCUCCGCCAUCACAUCAUCCUCCGCUACCCUUCCCACCACAUCCACAUCCAUCAUCUCAUCGUCGGCUGCAACAAGUACGACCACUCCCCCGUCAACCACGGCUUCGAGCUCCUCUACUUCAACCGUCCCCACCGCUGUCGCCGGAUCCUCCCGUAUCUCUCCGACUAUUUUGGGUGCCAUCCUUGGCAGUGUCCUUGGGACGUUACUACUGCUGGUCCUCCUUGUCAUCAUUUAUCUCCUAUGUCGUACCCGACGCCGCGAACCCUCAAGCACCCAGCAGUCAUCAAGCUUCUGGAAUCGGUCGACCACUUUGAUGUCACUGCGCAGGCGGAAGAGCUCAGCAACACUUCCGAUCUGGACCGGCUGGGAGAUAGUGCGUCCGGGGGAUAGACCCGUUGGCGGUGGGAGCGAGCCUGGUACCCCUGGCGAAGGUUCCCCUCGUGGUAGUGGCGACGAGGUCGAUCCUUUCCUCACCCGACGCAGCAUCCACAGCGGCACGGAAGAGAUGGGCCAGACUCGCACCGAUACCGACACCCUCGUCAGUCUCCCUGCUAUCGCCCGUGCCGGGUCCAUGUCGGGCCAUCAUUCAACAACCAAGGCUGGUAACUACAUCAUCCCACGCGACGUCCAGAUGCGCAUUGCGGACGAAGAAGCCGGCGAGUUCCCGUCAUACGCUAGCGUGCGAAUGGUCGAGCGACGGGCCCCCCAUGAUUACCAGUUGCCCCUUCUGCCACCUCCGCCCCGCGAAAGCGGCCGGCCGUCGUCUCACCCGUCGUACACAUCGGAGAAGUCCAAAGCUGCGCGGUCCGUUAUUUCAGAGAGGUCGGGCGUCAGCAACGUUACAGACGGCCAAGAACCUGAAGCCGAGGUGCUCACUGCGUGCCGAGUUCACGUCGGUCAAGUACAGCCCUUCGCAAUUCCUGGCCCCAGCUCGAGCUCAACAGGUGGCGUUCUUGGACUCAACCGAAUAGGAAGCAUUACACGAACAGCGUGGUUCCGAAGGAUGCCUUUCCUUGGGCCUCAUGACGGUGCGCAGCCUGUUCCAACCAGCGAAGAAGCCGCCGACGGCUACACCCGUACCCCUCCCCGCCACUCGCGUGCCCACUCUCGGUCUCAGCCUGGAUCCCCAUCACGUCCCAGUUCCUACGCCGCUGUUCGCAUGUCUGGCUACGAGUCAGGUCCGGACAGCUUUGGACGGCGAGUACGCGGAGAGUCCGGGCUAGGGUUUGCACUGGUGGGUGAGCGGCCCAUCUCAUCCGUGAGUGCUCAAAGUGCGGCCAGUGGUGGCACCCUCUUCUAUGACGCCAGCUCCCGCCCAGGGAGCUCGAUGGGAACGCGCUCCACUCAAGGAGGUCCCUCAUCUGCUGCUGUCCCCCCCGUCCCUGCACUUUCCCCAGCGCACCUUCCCCACCCGUCGCCUUUGUCGCAAGAGAUCCCCAGGCCUUUGACUUCUCCGGAGCACUUGUACAGCGAAAGCACACCCGACGCGCCGCCGACCUACGAUGCUGCCACUUCGCACGUUGACUUUCUCGACAUGCCUGUUCCCCGUCCCGCGUCGCCGUUCCGCUCUGUCUCUGGCCCAAGGAUGUCACCACCGGGUCUUCCCGACCCGACCGUCUGGCGCAACUCGCACGCAAGCAGCAGCACGCGAACCCCGAACACGGACAACACCUCCAGUGUUCACAUUGACGUUCUCGAGGAUGCGCCUCCCGUCGCUGAUGGUGGUUGGAUGAUGAUGUCUGGUGGGGGGAGGGCGGACGGUCGGCGGUUAACUUUCGGAGUGCCCAUGGUCGUUCAGCCUAGGGAUGCCAUUCGGUCAGAACAGGGCUCCCUCCACUCUAUGCGCUCUCAUCUGAGCCCGGUGUCAUCUCGUAGUCCAUCGGGUUCUGCGGGUGCAUCGUUGCGUUCAGGUGGCAGUCACUCCCGCGGGCACACCGGCAGUAGCGGCGCGUCCCUCGUCCACUCCAACUCCAUCGGCCACUCGGACCAUCGCCCAGGAAGGCUUCGUGCAGAUCCUGGUGAAGUUCCCUCCCCUCCGCUGUCCGCCGUCUUCCCUGGGAACGGUUACCCCUCUUCAUCGUCCCCACCGAUGCACGGUGCGGACGUCCUUGCUCCAGUGGCGUCCGCUCGCCUGGUGGUCCCCACAAGCGCUCCCAUGCCCGACGAUAUGCCGGCGCGCCCCCAGCCGGCGACCAUCUCGGGCACGAUGACGUCGCGUGCGACCGCGGAGGAGAGCCUCACAGAUCUGAGCGUCACGACUUCACAAACAGACCCCAUCACUGGUGCAACAGUCCACAUUCCCCGUGUGCCGCUGCGCAACGGCACGGAACGAGCUUGGGGUGAGGGACCGUUGCGCGAGGAUACCAUCUGGUAG